AUGCAUAUUCUAAGUUUGUUAUUUUUAACUUUUUUAUCUUUCGUUCCCACCUCUUCCUCUGUACUUCUUUUUGUCUUUUUCAGCUUUUUGAUUUCACUCUCUAUCUCACUACCCCUUUCACUCAAUAAUCCUUUUUCCUUUUGCUCUCUACUUCCUUACCCUUUCAAUCUCUGUAUCCUCACUCUUUCACACUCUAUAUCCUUACCCUUUCACUCUCUAUAUCCUUACCAUUUUACUCUCCUUCCUCACCCUUUCACUCUCUAUAUCCUUACCAUUUUACUCUCCUUCCUCACCUUUUCACUCUCUAUAUCCUUACCAUUUUACUCUCCUUCCUCACCCUUUCACUCUCUAUAUCCUUACCAUUUUACUCUCCUUCCUCACCUUUUCACUCUCUAUAUCCUUACCAUUUUACUCUCCUUCCUCACCCUUUCACUCUCUAUAUCCUUACCAUUUUACUCUCCUUCCUCACCUUUUCACUCUCUAUAUCCUUACCAUUUUACUCUCCUUCCUCACCCUUUCACUCUCUAUAUCCUUACCAUUUUACUCUCCUUCCUCACCUUUUCACUCUCUAUAUCCUUACCAUUUUACUCUCCUUCCUCACCCUUUCACACUCUAUAUCCUUACCCUUUCACUUUCUAUAUCCUUACCCUUUCACUCUCUACUUCCUUACACUUUCACUCUAGUUCCUUACCUUUUCAGCCUCUACUCCUUUCCCCUUUCACUCUCUACUUCCUCACCCUUUCAUUCUUUACUCCUUUCCCCAUGGAGUCCUUUAAUUUUUCACUCUCUACUCCUUUAUCCUUUCACUCUCCAUAUCCUCACCAUUUCACUCUCUAUAUCCUCAUUCUUUCACUCUCCAUAUCCUCACCAUUUCACUCUCUAUAUCCUCAUCCUUUCACUCUCUAUAUUCUUACACUUUCACUCUCUAUAUCCUUACCCUUUUACUCUCUGCUUCCUCACCAUUUCACUCUCUACUUCCUCACCCUUUCUCUCUCUACUUUCUUACCCUUUCACUCUCUAUAUCCUUACCCUUUCAUUUUCUAUAUCCUUUCCAAUUUCACUCUCUACUACUUUCCCCAUGGACUCCUACUCCUUUAUUCUUUCACUCUCUACUCCUUUAUCCUUUCACUCUCUAAUUCUUUCCUCCUCCUAUUUAAAUUCUUCUCCUCUACCUUUCUCUCAUUUCAUCACAAAAUUUUCUUCCUUCUCUCUUUCUAUCACUUUCUUUUCCUUUUUUAUGUUUUCUUUUUAUUAUAA